AUGUUUGUCUUUCUUGAUGAAAGUGGAUUUGAUCGUCGACUUACAAGAGGAUUUGGCUACAGUUUCCGAGGUUAUAGUGCCAAAGUGAAAAGGAAGCAUACAAAUUGGCAUCCACGAAUUACAGCCAUCCCAGUUGUAUGCACUGAAGGCUUGCUUGAAAUUGGUAUUCAUAGAGGAGCAACAAAUGGAGAUGUCUUUCUUCAGUUUGUUAAUGAGAAGCUUGUCCCGAACCUUCUGCCUUUUAACGGUGCGAAUCCUCGCUCCGUAGUUAUAAUGGAUAAUGCAGCCAUACAUCAUUCACAACGUGUUGUUGAUGCAAUAAACGCUUCCGGUGCACUCCUUAUUUUUCUUCCACCUUACAGUCCGAAUCUGAUGCCUUGUGAAGGAGUGAUCGCACUGGCAAAGAGCUGGAUACGAGAAAACGACCUGGUUUGGGAGCAGUGUGAUGAACCAGAGAACAUGGUUUUUGAAGCCUUUAUGCAAAUAGCUGAUGAAGACAUUGCAAACUACAUUCGUCAUUCUGAAUACCUUUAA